AUGAACGACCGCGCCAGUAAAGCCCUUACUGAGGGCUUUCUGCCGGGAGAGACAUACGAUGCUUUUUCAAAGCGUAAAGAUGUCCCUCUCACUACCGUCUACCACCGUGACCAUGGGCGACCCUCGAACGAAGCGAAGGCCGAAGGUCAACUAUACCUCACUCCUUAA